AUGAAGGAACAGAUCAUGUCCCUACAUGGUGAGCUACGCUGGAUCUCCAGCGACAGGCAAUUUGCAGACGGCUUAACGAAAAACCAAACCAGAAGCCUGCUUGCAGACCGCCUGCGGCGUGGUCAGAUCAAGUUCAUCUACGACCCGGACUAUGUGGCUGCCAAGAACAAGACAGCCAAAGAUCGAGAAGCGAACAAACUUGAGUUCUCAAAGCGUUGUAGUGGGGCAACAGAACCACAAUCCACACAACAGUCAACCAACAACCACACACAACACAAGCAAGAUGAUGAUGAUGAUGAUGAUGAUGAUGAUCAUGAAUGGAUGGUUGAUGAAGAGGAGCCUACAUCGACAACAACGAGACCUAUGGCAACGCCAAAAUAUGUGCAGCGAAUCCUCUUCGCUAUGAUGGCCUUCACCUUGAACAAAACAGCGCUAGGUGAAACAGCGUUAGUGGCCAACAACGGCGACGCCAAUGAAGUCCUUGUGAAUGACACAGGCACGAAAGUUGUUGACGGUGAUUUCAUCAACUCUAUGGGUUGGUGCAUCCUGUACAUGUUGGCCGCUCUGUGCAUGCUCUUUGGCACGAUUCUCGGCUACCUCUACGGCAAGCGCGCCAGUCGACUCCAAAAGUUGGCCAUGCAAGCAGAAAUCACCAACCUCACUGAGGAGGCAGAAAAGUGGAGGAAGAAAUGGUGGGACACUGACACCGACAUGGCCAAGGCUCUUCAAGAGCUGAUCGACGCCAAGAUGGCCCACGAAAAGGAGAAGAAAGAUCUCAUGGACACCAUGGAGGUCUACAAGGUGGAGCUUGAACAAGCAGAACACAACGAUGCUGAAAGCUCCAAUGCCAGAGCUCUGCUGAAUCGAGCUCUCGGGAAGAUCGAGGGUCACCUAUGGGACUGCCCACUCAACGACAGGGCAGAUGUCUUCAUGUCCCCACAUGGCAAUGUGUGGCAUCUACAACAUGAUUGCCAUGGACUUGCCACCGCCCGCAACGUGGAGAACAAGCGACCGUGCACAUGGUGCGCUGUGGUACCACCUCCGUUCCAAGGUCAACGGCCUGACACGACACUGCUGGAAGAUCUUAGGGAUCACAUCGGCCAAACGAGCUAUGAAAGUGUGAUUGUGGGUUGA